AUCACGAACUUUUCUGUGAAUACAAUUAUUACGGCUCUGCAAGCCCCCGAAUGGGAAAAUCUGUUGACAAAAAUCGGGGCAGAUGCCAUGCUGCAUCUCCUCACCAAGACCUCGGUUUUCAUUAAGCUACCGAACGAAUGUUUGUGUCAAAUGACGGGUAUGCCAUUGAUUUAUGCUAUGCCUCCG